AGAAGUUCUGACACCUCCAUCAUUGAUCCUAAACUCCCAGAAGAUCUCAGACACGGGUAACAAAAACUGCAGGAUUAACAGAUAUAUAAGCACAUAAACGUAACUGAUGAGGAGCACUUGGAUCUAUGUGGCUGUCCUUGGGAUAGCAUGCACAAUUAUUGGAAUCAAUGGGAACAAUGCAACGAGCAGUAGCAACUCCACAGGCAGCUGGAUAUCUUCUAACAUGACCACCAACAUAACCCCAAACCUGAUGAGACCUUUUAACGUGAUCACAAACCCUACCCAGAUGGGCCCUCUCAAUGUGACCUCCAACCUGACCCAAACACGCCCUCCCAACAUGACCACAAACCACACCCAGAUGGGCCCUCUCAACAUGACCUCCAACCCAACCCAAACAAGCCCUCCCAACAUAACCAGCAUCCUGCCACGAACACGGCCUCCCAAUAUAACCACCAACUCAACCCAAACACACCCUCCCAACAUAACCAGCUUGACCCAGGCGCGCCCUUCCAACAUCACCAACAACCUGAACCAAACACGCCCUCCCAACAUAACCAGCAUUCUGCCACAAACACGCCCUCCCAACAUAACCACCAACCUGAACCAAACAAGCCAUCCCAACAUAACCAACAUCAUGCCUCCAACACGGCCUCCCAACAUAACCAUCAACCUGAACCAAACACGCCCUCCCAACAUAACCACCAACCUGAACCAAACAAGCCUUCCCAACAUAACCAACAUCCUGCCCCCAACACGGCCUCCCAACAUAACCAACAACCUGAACCAAACACGCCCUCCCAACAUAACCGCCAACCAGAACCAAACAAGCCCUCCCAACAUAACCAGCAUUCUGCCACAAACACACCCUCCCAACAUAACCAACAACCUGAACCAAACACGCCCUCCCAACAUAACCACCAACCUGAACCAAACAAGCCUUCCCAACAUAACCACCAACCUGAACCAAACAAGCCUUCCCAACAUAACCAACAUCCUGCCCCCAACACGGCCUCCCAACAUAACCAAAAACCUGAACCAAACACGCCCUAACAACAUAACCACCAACCUGAACCAAACAAGCCCUCCCAACAUAACCAGCAUUUCGCCACAAACACACCCUCCCAACAUAACCAACAACCUGAACCAAACAAGCCCCCCCAACAUAACCAACAUCCUGCCCCAAACACGGCCUCCCAACAUAACCACCAACUCAACCCAAACACAGCCUCCUAACAUAACCAACUUGACCCAGGCGCGCCCUUCCAACAUCACCACAAAUCCGACCCAGUCAGCCCCCCUCACUGUAACAAACAUUAUAACAAUGCCAAGUUCUAAUACUCAGUCAAUAGAAAUCACUGGCAGGGAUAACUGCAGGAGGGAUAGAGCAUGUUUCUCCGCUCCACCUUCCUGUAAUCCAGGUGUACAAGGUUCCUGCUAUUUUCUCUCCACAAAAGGAGUAAGCGGAAAUGCAAAUAAUUUUGCUUUUGAGCUCAGUGGCGAUACAGAUGGUUACAUUGGAGCUGGCCUCUCUAGAGACAACAGUGGUCAGGGUGCCACCGUCUAUUCUUGCGCCAAUAUCAAUGGUGCACUGAAGUUGAUUCGUUCCACGCUGAACAAUCAAAUACUGACUCAGGAUAACACAUUCAUCCCUGGAAGCUUCCGUGGCUCAGUGACUGGCAAAAAGAUUCAAUGCAUUUUCAAUGCUGCAGGUCUCAGCAGCACCACCCGUGCUGCAACCACAGAAACUUUUGUCUUCCUUUUAACAGGCAGUGUAUCAAAUGGUUCUCUUGAAUCUCCAGUCAGUAAACUAGCCACAAAUGGGUCAGUGGACUUAAGCAACCCUAACAGCACAGAUGUUUCAGUAAUAACACCCAGUAUCAAUGCCACCACUACAGCCCCAAACACCACUGCAUCUAAUUCCACUGCACCACUGAAUACCACUGCAUCUACUGCAUCUGGAGUAUCUACAGCUAAUAAUGGGACAACAAAUGACAAGGUCACUAAAGACAAUUGUAGGAAGGACAGGGCAUGUUUCUCCACUCCAGCCAACUGUGAUCCAUCCAACUCAAGUAGCUGCAUUUUUGCCUCCACAAGAGGGGUGAACGGAAAACCCGACAAUCUCACUUUUGAGCUCAGCGGGGAUUCAAAUGGUUACAUUGCUGUUGGCCUGUCUCGUGACAAGAAGGAGGGUGAUGAUGACACAGUCUAUUCUUGUGCCAACGACAAUGGUGUGGCGAGGUUUAUCCGUGCCACACUGAAUAAUAACAUUCUGACUCCAGAUAAGACUUUUAACCCCGGAUCCUUCCGUGGCUCUGUGAGCAGCACUAGGAUUCAGUGCAUUUUUGUAGCUACGGGUCUCAACAUCAGCACCCGUGCAGCAAACACAAAUACUUUCCUCUAUUUCUUCACUGGCAACUAUGCAAACGGCACUCUGGGGUCGCCAGUCACACGAAUGUCUACAGAUUCAUCAGUUGAUCUAACCAGCACUAACAGCUCAGAUGUUGUCAUAAUUACACCCACUACAAAUACUGCAACUACUACAGCAAAACCUGCUACUACAGCAGGGAGCAAUGCACUGCAUCACGCUGCAUCUCAGGCUGCUCUGCUAAUUCUCUCAGGGGUCCUUGCCAUCCUCCUGUUGUAAUGAUACUGCCAACACAUCAUUUACUUUCUGAAAUUGGGCGAUGAUCACUGAACGCUUGAUGAACCCAACACUAAAGUAUAUGUAAUUCAGCAUAUUUAUAACUGUGCAAUAUUGUGACUCAGGGAACAAUGAUGAAAGGAGCCGAAAAUAUGAGGAAGAGGGCAAAACAUCAUUAAUUUAAUCUGUGUGUAUGUGUGAGAGAGGUUGUGUUUGAGUGUGUUUUUGUGAGCAUUAGUGUUUGUAUUCUACUAAUAUAUUGCUACAUAAAAUCAGGCUCCUGCACAGAGAGGGCUGAUACAAAAUAGUGUAAUUGGUCUAUUAAUUUAAUUGUGCAAGUGUGCUGCCACCAAGUGGCUAAAAUUAUUAAGGAUAGUUAUUUUUAAAUGUCUUCAUUUAUUUUGCAACUGUUGCCUCAAAAAUGUUGUCUGUAAGUUUUAAAUGAAGUUGCAUGUAUAUUUUUAUUUGAAGAAAAUAAUAAUAAUAAAUAAAAUGUUCAUGUAAACAAUGAAA